AUGGAAACUCUUCAAGAAACUGCCCGUGUCGUCACUUCUAAGCCUGUCCAACGAGCAGUUGUUAACACCGUUCUCCUCGUCUCAACCGCUGCCACUCUAUUCUGCACGGCUUCCAUUGCGUCAGUGCUCUUCUUCCAGAAUUUUCUGCCUCAUGAGGUUGUGACUUUGCCACUACAUCUACAAUAUGGCUCUGGAAUUAAUCCAUAUGGGAUCACAUCGCUACAAACGCCUCCUAUGAAAACGCAGCAAGAGUACGAUGUGUCCUUGGUACUAUCAAUGCCGCGCUCAACCCCGAACGUGGAGCGCGGCAACUUUAUGAUUAGCCUGCAUAUGCUCGAUUCCAAAGCUGAUUCUGAGCUUUACACCGAGGCUGAACGACAUGCGUCGUUACACCAAGGUUUUGGGGGAGCCAAUGUGUUGUUUAGCUCCCGCAGGCCUGCUCUGUUUCCAUACGUGGAUCCGCUCGUGUCUGUAGCAUCCCGUGUUCUGUUUCUAAUUUACCACCUGUUCACACCAGGAUCCAGCACGAACUCGAUGACCAUCCCAUUGGCGGAGCGAGUUUUGUUUUCAAAAGAAUCGGUAUUACCCAAGUCGGCAUACAUUGAGGUGGAGGCAGGACAGACUAUCCAGGUUUAUCAUGCCUACCUGCAGCUCACAGCCCAGCUUCGUGGACUUCGUUGGAUGAUGGUGCAUUACCGCAUUUCGACCUUCCUGGCUCUGACUGUUGUUUUCUGGGCCUUUGAGGUUAUAUUCAUGGGUGUGGCUUGGGGACUAUGGAGUGUCGUCUCCGGGUCACCGCCUGGAGAGGACGAUACCAAAGCCAGAAGACUCGAGGGGCUUAGAGAUGACCAUGAGAAUGAGUACACGGAUCGCGAAGAGAUAUUUCCUACGUAUGGGAGGCAACAGCCACUCAAAUAUGAGCCGGAUAUCAAGCCAGAACUGGAUCCCGAACAACCCCUGUCAGAAAUUCCUCGAGCAGGAGCCGACGCUGAUGACGAAGAUGAUGGAAGCUUCGAUGACGACAAAGACGACGAGGAUGUACAACAUAAGGAUUCGGGUAUUGGGACGAGUUACAGCGAGGAAGGUACAUCGAGCAUUCGGCGACGGACGUCCCGCAAUAGACUGUGA